AGGACCUGCAAUAUCUAUUUUUAUGCGAUUAUAUCUAAUAAUUUUGGUAUAUGUUGGGGAGAAAUGUCUAUAUUUCACGAUAGCAUGCAUAAUUCAUCUGUAACACGGUCAGCUGGCUCACUAUUACACAUUUCCGAAGAUUGCGUUUGAAAACGGCGCCGAAUUUCCCAGCGGCGGAUGUGACGUCAUUUGAAGAACAUGUCUGACACGAACGUAGAAAGUAACAUAGCGCAGAGCGAUUUUUUGACAGAAUCAGCAAGUGAAAGUCAUGAUAAUGAAGAUAUUGAGUUCUCUGAGACUGGUGAAGCUAGUAUGGAAGGAGAAGUAGUGAUUGGCCCACAUAUGUAUGAGCCAGAUGCAUCGGAUGAGGAAGUAAACGACGUCGCAGGAAACGUUGAAAUAGUGACUAGUGUGAGACUAAACGUCGAUUGCCUGAGUGAAUGGUGUGUUUGCUUCAACUGCCAAACAAUGACCACGGCAAGAAAAUGUGUGUGCUGCGCAGAAAUCCCAGAGGUGGUUGCUAAAAUAGCAGAAGCUCAGAUGACAAAUGUAAAAUGCAUCACGGAUCACCCUGGUAUGCAAGUCGUGUGCCUUGACCCAUGGGCCUGCAGGUUGCAUGGUUUGCCUAUCGACAGCAAUACCGCGAAACGUAACUAA